UGCCUGCCUUUCUUCCUCCUGGUUAACUAGACAUGUGAUUAGCAUUGCUGUCUACUACUUAGUUUGCCCUGCAGUCAGCCUGGUGUGCUUCCAGAGGAAAUACUGCCUGAGGGCUACUCAGUCAACACCAAGCCCAACAGCCUGCCAGCUUAUAGGCAUCAAAUUCACAACUAUGCCUGGCACCACAACAGGAAAGAAGCUGGAUCUUUCCAAGCUCACAGAUGAGGAGGCCAAGCAUGUGUGGAAAGUUGUUCAACGAGAUUUUGACCUGAGGAAGAAGGAGGAAGACAGACUUGGGGAGCUGAAGACCAAGAUUGAGAAGGAAGACACCAAGAGAGAGUUGUUGGGGAACCAGACCAGCCUGACUGAAUCUCACUGUAUUCGCUGUCUCCAGCCCUUCAAGUUCCUGGUCAACAGCAAGCGUCAGUGUCUGGACUGCCAGCUGUACAUCUGCAAGUCCUGCAGCCGCUACAACAAGAAGGAGCAUGGUUGGGUGUGUGAUCCCUGUCGUAUGGCCAGGGUUCUCAAAAUCGGCACAUUGGAGUGGUACCAUGAAAAUGUCCGUGCCCGCUUUAAGCGCUUUGGCAGUGCCAAGGUGAUGCGAUCACUCUUCAAGAGGUUGAGUGGAGAACACAGCUGCUCUCAGAGUGACCUUGGAGAGCCCCAUGAAUAUGACACACAGAGUAUGCCUGAGGUGCACACAGAUGGAUAUGAGGAGCACAGUAUGGAUUCACAACACUACAAAGGGAUAAAAAAGGCCAAAAGACGGCUAACUGUUGAUCCCAUUGAUUUCGAAGUGGGCUGUGACUACUCCAUUGAAUCAAGAGGACGGUCCAAUCAGGCCCCAGGCUCCCAUGACAUCAUGGUCAUGGAUGUAGGUGUGAGGGAGUCCAUGCUUGCUGAAGCUGAUAUGGCCUCCGUUUUCCACCAGAUUUUGAAGGAACAACGCAAAGGUGACCUUGUGUACUCAGACAACAGAGCUAUCCCAUCUCGCUCCAUCUCCCAGCUCAGCUACUCCUCAUGUGGGAGUGGUAGCGCGGGGGGUCCCCAGGGCAGCAGCAGCUAUCUGCCUGGCCCUGAUUAUUCUGAGGAGGAGGAUGACCACUGCCACCCUUACCCCCUGUACCAGUCUCACCCAGGCCCCUACAGCCACACUUCUCAGGAGAGCCUGAACUCAGCAAACCCCCCACAGAUCAGUGACCUGAAUAGACGCGUGUCAGUCAUUGAGACCCUCUUGAACCGCUUAGAACAGAAUGUCUCCUCAACAUAUGACCAGGCUCCUCUGACUCCAAACAGCACCUCUCCUCUGCCUCAGUGGGAGGAAGUGGACCUAGAGGAGCAGCAGCUCAGGCAGAAGCUGCACGAAAUGACGGACAACAUUAGUGACCAUAGCUUAACCUCAGAUGAGGACGAGUCCAACAGACCACAUUCCUCGCAAGAGAUCCCAGUAUGGAGGAGCCCAGAGGGGGAUGCCAGGCCUUCCAGACUUCCUACCAGACCUACAUCCAGAACAAGCAUCGUGGCCUCGAACCUUGAGGAGGAGCAGCCCCAGCAGACUGAUUCUCAGAAGACAAACUAUUCAACAGAAAGUGCAGAGAGGAAAUGGCACCCCCUAGAGGAGGGGUCAAAGACCAGCUUCAGAGGAUCAACAGCUUUACUUGUUGAAUUAGAAGACAAAGUAGCUCAAGCAGCUGCCAAUGUCCAGAAUGCCCAGAGUGAGGUCUCUUACAUAGAGAACAGGAUUGCUGCUCUGAAUGCUGCUGGCAUGCCUGUGGAUAAAAGAAGAAAGUCUGCAAUCCCCAUCCAAGCAAGAAGACUUUCCCACAACUUUCCCACAAGCCAGGUGGACAGGUUUGUGAGGAACUCCCUCUACAGGGGCUCCCUGACGCAGAGGAACCCAGUGGCCAAGCCCAAGACCAGGGCAACCUGUGCGAAACCUGUAAUGACACAGGGCUCAUGAGGAGGAGGCUGAGCAUUAUGUGACUGAGCAGCCGCUCAUAUGACCACAUUUUGUCAGUUUAUUACAGUUUAUUAUCAGUGGAAUUCAUUCUAAUCUAAUGAAAGAGUUUAUUAUUUGCAUUUUAGUGCCUGUCAGCUGGAGUUGGGCUGCUUCAAGUUUUAUUUAAAAAUGCGUACUUUUGAUAUUAUGUUAUUUUACCAUAUUUAUAGUACAUAAUUAGGUUACACAUGAUAUGCACGAACAUUACUAUGUGUGCAUGUUAGGGUUUACAUAUGAUUUGUGUAUUACUUUAAACGCAUGUAAGUUGUUGCAUAACACAAAGGCAUUUACAUUUGCCAUGGUAAUCUGAUAAAAUUAGCUGCUUAUUUAAAUUUUCAGUAAAAAUGAAAACAUGAAACAAAGUGAAAACUUUUCUAGAUUAUAAGCAACAUGUUAAAUGCUGCUUGCAGUUUUUCUUGUCAAGUAACAGUAUGUUAACCAAAUACCAAUCAGUUUGAAAUACUUUUAUAUUUUCUUAAACCAAUUUUUUUAUGCUUCCUGAUGUUCAUGUUAAUAUGGUUGCCUUUUUUUUUUUUAAACAAACCCUUGAAAUUGGAUAUAAAAUUGGAAUUAUGUAAUAUUAAGAACAAGAAGAUUAACUGGUUACUUAAAGCUAUAUCAGCUACACAUUAAUAACAUCUACACAAAAACUACUACUGCUUUUCUGUCUAUUUAUAUCAAUGAGAGAUUUAAAGAAACAUUACUUUUCUACUUCUGUAUAAUCAAUAUGUUUAUAUUUAACUCACAUUUUAGUGUAGGUAAUGAGGUAUAAUCAAAUUGUAAUUGAAAAUGCUGCCAAUAUCAUGACUUAGUAAUUGUCCUUAUAUUUUGCAAUAACACAAUGCACAGAAAUAGGAACUGUUUCUUUUUGCUAAUUACCUCUAUGAUGUGAGGCCACAGUGUGGGACUGAAUGAUUUGAUGAGGAUGACAGUGUUAUGAAUCACAUUCUAUGGCCUCAGCUGUGACAGCUUUUCUUUGAAUUAGUCACCCAUCUGUAGUUUUAAAAUUGCAUUCUGUUUGAUUUUGUUUUCUGUUACACUGUUUGAGAUCAUCACUUGUACUACUGAGAGAAUUCAACCACUCUGGUGCCAACACUGAGGUGCUUAGAUUUUUCUAAAUUUCUGCUUAACAGAUUGUUUCAAGCCUCUGGAUAAUUAUAUGUCUAAUGCCAAUUAUGCAAUAUCAUGUUUUGUCUCAUUAGACUUAUUAAAUUAUUUACAAUGCAAA